AUGUCGUAUGACGAGAAAAACCCCGCCGCGUACUCGGAGAAGAACCCAGACAUUUCCUCCGUGUUCGUACUCGACGUGGAAAGCCACGCCGGCGUUAAGACCGUCGAAGCGACGCAGAAGGUCUAUGGCAAGUAUUCGAGGUGGUUCUUGUUUAUUGGGCUUGGCCUAGCCGCGUAUAUCUACUCACUGGACGGCACGACGACCUACGUCUACCUCAGUUACGCGGCGUCAAGUUUCAGCGAUCAUAGCCUUAUUAGCCCUAUCCAGGUCGCGCAGUCUAUCAUUAUCGCCGUUGGAAAACCCGUAGUUGCGAAAAUAGCUGAUGUCAGCUCACGAGGCGCCGCUUAUGUUUUCGUUCUGCUUUUCUACGUCAUCGGGUACAUCGUCAUCGCUUCGGCGCAUAGCAUUCACGCCGUCGCCGGAGGAAUUAUUCUUUACGCGAUUGGAUAUACCGGCCUUCAAAUCUUGACCCAAAUCAUCAUCGCUGACAUAACUACCCUCAAAUGGCGGGGCCUCGUCUCAGGUCUCAUCUCUCUCCCCUUCGUCAUCAACGCUUUCGUCGGCUCAAACAUAUCCGCGGCCGUCAUCAAGGGCGCGGGAUGGAGAUGGGGAUACGGAAUGUUCGCGAUCCUGAUACCCGUGUCCCUCUCCCCGCUGAUUAUUACCCUCAUAUGGGCCGAGCGGAGGUCAAAGGCCCUUGGUCUCGUGGACACCAAAACGAAAGACGACAAAAGCGUUGUUCAGAGAUUCCUUGAUUCAGCGUCCCAGCUCGAUAUCCCCGGGCUCAUCCUCAUCGGGACAUCUGUCGCGCUCAUCCUUCUCCCUCUUACUUUGGCGAAUAAUGCAAAAGGACAUUGGAACAAUGCGUCGAUGAUUGCUAUGAUUGUAAUUGGAGGUCUCUUAUUCCCUGUAUUUUUGUUGUGGGACUUCAAGAUCGCGAAGCACCCGGUUAUUGCGCCCCGCUUCUGUUUCAAUAGGAGCGUGGUGCUCGCGUCGCUCAUUGGGGCUUUUGAUUUCGUUUCGUUUUAUCUUACAUUCACAUACUUGUACUCGUUCAUCAUUGUCGUCAAACCCUGGUCCCCCGUCAACGCCUCGUAUUUCGCAUAUACGCAAACAGUCGCGCUCACAAUAUUUGGCAUCACAGCUGGCUUCGCCAUGCGCUUUAUGCAUCGCUACAAAUACAUCCUCGUCGUCGGUUUGGGUAUCCGUCUCUUGGGUGUCGGCCUGAUGAUCCACUCCCGCGGCGCCAACGCCUCCGACGCAGAAGUCGUAUGGACGCAGCUACUCCAAGGCGUAGGAGGUGGAUUUGCAGCGGUCGCGUCGCAAGUCGGAGCGCAGGCGUCUGUUCCGCAUGCGGACGUCGCGAUGGUCACGGCUGUUGUGCUGCUUAUUACGGAAAUCGGGGGUGCUAUUGGGAGUGCUGUUGCUGGGGCGUUAUGGACGAACAUGAUGCCCAAAAGACUAGCUCUUCACCUCCCUUUUUUGACGCAAGAGGAGCGGGAUGCGUUGUACGGGUCUAUCGUGAUUGCUGCUUCUAGCCCGCGUGGGUCACCGACUCGCGAGGGUGUGAUUCAAGCAUACGACGACGUGAUGAAAGUUAUGACGAUUGUGGCGACUAUUGUCGCCGUCGUGCCCUUCGCGUUGUCCUUCUUCAUGCCGAAUUGGUAUCUGGGGGAUACUCAGAAUGCACUCGACCAAAUCGAUUUGGCGGGGAAUAAGGUUGAGGGUGAGCCGAAGGAGUAAUUGGCUCGUUGCUUGUUCCACCACAGUUGGAUUUUUACCCUUGUAUGACAUAUCUAGCUUUUCGAUUUAUGAAAGCGUUACUCAUGAUUUUUUUUUUCAAUCUGCCUUACAAUAAUUAUAUGAGCGCCUU